AACAUCGUUGAGAUCAAUCGAGCGCGCGCUGGGGCAGCCCUUCGGCGCCGCGCGCCAUGGCGGACGUCGUCGCCGUGGGCGUCGCGCCGGCGGCGGCGCCGGACGCGUCGGCGCCGGCGAGCGCGGCCGCGCCGAAGAAGAAGGGCUUCACGCUGCGGCUGCGCGGGCGGUCCGCGUCGCCGGACCGGAGCGGUGCGGUCGCCGCGGCGGACGACGCGUCGCCGACGCGGGGCCGCACCUUCUUCAAAUCCUUCGCCGGGCGCAGGACCAAGUCCGGGUCGCCGGCGAAGCGGUCCUCGCCGAAGAAGGCCGGCUUCCUGUCGCGGACGUUCCGCUUCGGGGGUGGGAAAGGAGGCGUCGGGGCGACGAUGCGCGACCUCGGCGCGUCCGUCCGCGGCGGCCUCCAGGCGGCCGUCGAGGUCCUGAAGGAGUCGGACCAGGUCGUCGUCGUCCAGGCCUGGGACGGCACGGAGCACGGCGUCGACGUGCUCAAGCCCUGCAAGGUGCACGUACUUCGCGCGAAGGUCGUCCACAUGGUCAAGCGCGCCGACGGCGUCGACGACGCCGCCGCGGACCCGAAAGCGCCGCCCCAGCGCUACGUGCUCCUCUUCCGCGGCGCGACGCUCGAGGACGGCGACGCCGUGCCCGACGCGGCCUUCAAGCCCGUGGGCCUCGACGACGUCGUCGGCCUCCCCAGCGAGAUCUGGAUCUCCAAGUCCGACUACGUGCCCACGCGGGACACGCCCGACGACGCGGGCCCGGCGGGCCCGCGCAACGAGAACGCCUGGGACGGUCUGGGCGCGGCGCCGAGCAGCGCGCCCCUCGACUACGACGACCCGUCGCUCGCGGACGAGGCCGACUCCGCGUCCGACUCGUCCGGCGAGGACGACUUCGAGUUCGUCGGCCAGGCCAAGGCGCGGCGGCGCGUGUCGAACCUCGCGGGCCAGCAAGCCGUGCGGCGCAAGUCGUCCGUGGCGGCGCGCGAGCACCCGCAGAGCGAGAAGUUCCACCUGCGCCGCGAGCUCGCGCUGCUCCACUGCGGCGACGUCGCGGACCGUUUGGAAGCCGCGGGCUACGACGACCGCGGCGCCUUCGGGAACCUCACGGAGGAGAUUCUGCGGGCGACGCCCCUCUUCGUGAACCGGCGCACGUCCCGCAAGAUCGUCGCGCUGGCGGAGAUCUACAAGCAGCAGGACGCGCGCGACGCGGCCGCGCCGACGACGGUCCUCGGCAACAUGGACAAGGCCGAGGCCGAGGACACGGCGGCCUUCACGGCCGGCGACGACGUCUUCUUCGGCAAGCGGUCCGACGUGCGCAAGUUCUUCGGCAGCCGCAAGGCCGGCGGCUCCGUCGCGGGCGACGCGUCCACGCUCGGCAGCCGCGGCGCGCCGACGCGCGGCGGCGACUUCGACGACGAGUCGAGCGUCGCGACGAUCGUCAGCGAGGCGCGGUCCGAGGCCACGGCGACGUCGCGGAGCUCCCACGGGUCGUCGCUGUCGUCCCUGACGACGCGGAAGCGCAAGGAGAAGCGGACGGUGAACCCGCUCUUCGCGCACGUCGGCAGGAUCGGCAAGGGCGUCCCCGACCUCCCCGGCGAGGACCCGAGCCUCCAGGAGCGGCUCGACGCGCUGCUGCAGCCCGUCGGCGCGGGCCUGCGGGGCCAGCAGACGGAGACGAUCCGCGCCGUCGAGCUCGUGCUGGGCGACGUCUUCGCCAAGGACAAGUUCCGCGACGAAUAUCUGGAGGCGAUGAUCGAGGCGAACUCGGGCAACUCCGUGCCGUCGGCCGUGACGGCCGUGAAGCGGCGCGCGACGGCGCUCGACGGCGUCGGCGUGUCGAUCCGGCUGAAGCGGCCCGAGGACCGCGCGAUGGCCGUGCACAAGCUCGCGACGAAGCUCUACGAGAACGUCAUCGCGAAGCGGCGGCCCGCGCGCGGGUCGCAGGCGACGCCCGCGGAGGAGGAGCGGCACCAGGCGGCGCUCGAGGAGGCGCGCGACGGCUCCGGCACGGUCGUGACCGCGUCCCAGCUCUCCCGCGUCCGCGAGCGCGUGCUCGCGGAGCGGCCGCCGAAGCCGCCGCGGAGCCGGCGCGUCGCGCUCUUGGUCGAGGACAUCAUGGGCCGCGCGUCGAGCCAUUUAGAUCAUUGCGACCUCCCCGACGAGGACAUGGCGUUGCAGGAGGACAAGGAGGGCCGGUCGAAGCAGCGGCGCUACUGCUGCGAGAAGCACUGCUGGCGCGUCGUCAACCGCCUCGCGGACGUCGCCGACGCGCACCGGUCCAUCUGCGAGCACGAGGUCCACCUCGCGCUGGCCCACUACCGGGACCCGUCCAAGGCCUUCAGCCCGACGUACCCGGAGCUCCAGGACUUCCUGUUCCGGCUCCUGGGCCGCGACGCGGUCGUCGAGCGCAACGGCCAGGCCGUCCGCGACCGGUCGGAGCUCGAGCGCGCGCACCGGGCGCUGAGCAAGUCCGUCGUCGACGACGCGGCGACGAAGAUCCACUCCAAGGACGACAUCUCCAUGGACGACCGCGCGCGCGAGCUCAUGUCCGAGGGGGAGUCGCAGGCCGCGCUCGGCGGCCACCUCCGGUCCGACGCGUCGUCGCCGCACUCGGAGCGCGCACGCGCGCCGGGCGACGGGUCCCUGCCCGCGACGCGCCUCGCGCGCGAGGCCGCGGACCUGCGGCGCAUCGCCGAGGAGCGGCACGCCGUCUUCCUCGACCUCGACGCCAAGGCGCUCAAGCGCGAGGUCGAGCUCGUCCUCGCGGCCGCGGAGGCGCCCGUCGCCGAGGGCGACGUCUUCUACGCGGCCGAGUACGAGCCGCACCGCCUCGCGGGCAACUGCGGCUACGCCGCGGCGAAGCGCGUCCUCGCCCAGGCGAACAACGACGAGCAGGAGACCGUCUUCGAGGUGCUGCGGCGCCGCGACGCCGUCCUGCCGGAGCUCGCGCCGCUCGACGACGGCCUCACGCCCGUGUCGUCCGCGGACCUUGUCGCCUUCAGGGACGCCCACAUGGACGCGGUGCGGCGCUACGUCGCCUUCCGCGACGAGUGGCGCAAGGCCGAGCUGCCGGAGGAGGAGUCGACGAAGCGGUCGAGCGGCGAGAAGAACCGGCCCGUGUCGUCGAUCAUGGACAUCGACCCCGACGAGCUCAAGAAGCUCGUCGGGUCCAUGGAGACGACGGGCGACGACGACGACGACGACGACGACGGCUCCUUCGCGACGGACCGGGGGACGCCCAGCGCGCUCUCGCCCAAGUCCGUGUCCAUCGCGUCGACGCCCGCGGGCUCGAACCAGCCGUCGCCGAACCGGCCCCGGGAGCGCAAGGCCUUCGACCCGUGA